AUGGAACUUAAGAACUUACUUGGUCUAGAGGCAAUUGGUUUGGAAAUUUUUGAUGAUAUAAUCAGCUUGGAUUGGGUAUCCAAGAAUGGAGUUGAGGUUGUUUGUCAUGAGAAAGUCGUUCGCAUCCUUCUUGUGAAUGAUGAAACACUUAUAGUACACGACCUUCAUACAGAUGAUGCAAGGGCACUGGACCUCAUGAGGCGGAAGACUGUGACCUUUCACAUUGGUUAUGAGAGCGCAGAAGUGUCUCCGGAAAGGCUGCAUAGCCUUCCUUGCUCAUAUUGUCGACAAGGAGACCAAGGAACCAAGGAACCAAGAUUAGAAGACAUCCCCAUUAUAAAGGAAUUCUCAGAAGUCUUUCCCAAAGACUUGACUAGAUUAUCUCCACAGCGGCGAGUGGAGUUUCGGAUAGAUCUGGUGCUAGGAGUGGCACCAGUGGUAAGGGCGCCUUACCGACUAGCUCCGUCCGAGAUGCAAGAGCUUUCGUCUCAACUGCAAGAGCUGUUAGACAAGGGAACUCAUCAGUCCGAGCCUUUAACCCUGGGGAGCCCCAGUGUUAUUCGUUAG